AUGGACGCAGAUGGCCCAGGCGGGGCCAACAAAAGGCGAGCCCCAGAGACGGGGGAAGGACUCAGUUUGGAAGCCAUCAGGGAAGUCAUCAAGGGGGAGCUCACAGCCAGCACGACCACACUGAAACACGAGAUCUCCCAGUCCGUCAACCGUCGCAUGGACGCAGUGGAAGAGAGAGUUGGAAGCCAGUUGGAGAAGACUAUCGACAAGCUCGCUCAGCUCACAGACGCCCAAGCUCAACAAGGCCAAGCCAUAGCUGCCGUCCAGCAGGAACAAAGGGACACCGGGGGGAGACUACAGCAGCUUGAGCAAAAGGUGCAGCACCUGCAGUUGCACGGGGGAAGCUCCACAGCAGACACUGAAGGGGGAGGUAAGCAGCCUGCCCUCAUCCUCGGGGGAUGGGACGAUGACAGCCAAGCCAGCGAAACAUUGCAGAAAGCCCGCGACAUGAUCCAGCAACUCCGCAUUGACAUCGAUAUGGACCAAGCCUUCUGCCCCGGGGUCAGACGUGGAUACGUCAUUGUACCCUACAAGCCCAGGGCAGCCGAGACGGGGGAAGCGCUACGAGACCGACUCCGCCAAGCCCUCAAGCGUGUGAGAACAGCCAACAUUGCCAUGGGCCGCAAAGCUGACGGGGGAACCAGAUACUUGUGGAUGCAGCUUUCUCAGUCGCCAGAACGCAGACGUCGAGCACAACUUGCGGGGAAGACAAAAAGGCUCCUCUUGUCUUUGGGAGCCAACCCAGGGGCAGCGGAAGUGGAAUGGCCGUCGGGCACCGUCUGGUACUUUGGGACCCGUGUCUGCUCAGCCACUACCAGCCCGACAAUGGGGGCAGAAACCGCAGGGGCCGGAUGGAUCGACCUGCCAGCGAUCGCAGCGGGGCUGACCAAAGCCGUGGGGGACGCCUCGGCAGAAUGGGGCGACCUCAAGCAAGGGGAGCACUGUUUUCACAUAGCGACCUGGAAUGUCGGCGGGCUCAACGUGGAAGCCACGCUGGACCUAUUGCGGGCACUCGGGGGCCGAGGCCACACCGACUGGGAGGAGUUCGGCACCUCCACCCACCACCGGGACAUCACAAAGCCAGGCAGGGGAGACCAACGGGGCUUUGCCGAGAGCCGCAACCUGAGAGCACUCCGCCGACAAGCCCACAACACGCCACCAGGACCAGAACGGAGAGCAGCCUGGAAGGCGGUCCAGCGACAUCUCAAAGCAGAACGCAAGCAACACAGUCAAGAACUCGUUGCCAAGGCAAGCACCAAGGACUGGCCAGCAUACCGACAGCACAAACAUCUCAGCAACAAGAAGGGGGACUGGAUCGCGCUGUUGACAGAUGCACACGACUGGCAACAAGCACUGCUCCGUCACUUCGAGGGCAUCUUCCGAAAAGCAGACGGGGAAGCUAAAUCCCAGGCCUUCGCAGACAUGCACCUCAAGCUGUCUUACCACUGCAAGGCCACUCCCUGGCACCCCUUUACCAUGGCAGAGCUCCUGAUCGUCAGCAGCCGAUGGGGGAAGCACAAAAGCACAGGAGUGGAUGGGAUCGCACAUGAGGCACUCCAGCUCCUCAUCCACCACCCCGUUUGGGGGGACAGAGUGCUGGCCAUGAUCAAUGAGGCCCUCUACACCGGGAAACUGCCAGCCCUUGUUGAAAGAGGACUCACGAUCCUCUUGCCCAAAGGGGGGAAGCCCGCUAACUGGAGCGAGACCAGACCCAUCACCCUCAGCAGUGCGGUCCUAAAAGCCCUCGCACAACUAUUGCUGCACCGUGGGGGAAGCUGCCUCAAUCACCUGUACACCUACCAAUGGGCGGCACCACACAAACAGGGGGCGGAACUUAUCCUCACAUUGAGGAAAGUGGCCCGAAUGGGAGCAGACUGGGGAGGUGACUUCUGGAUCAUUAAACUGGACCUCCAAAAAGCCUUCGACUCCGUGUGCCAGGAUAGCUUGGGGGGACUCGUCACCGACGAGGUGGCCCAGAUCCUCGAGCACACCCUGCUCCGCACCCAGAGCCAACACCGCGGGGGGGGAGACAGCCUCACGGCGGAAGAGUUCGCCACGGACAUAAGUGUCCUCCGCAGCAUGGUGGAACAAGGCCAAAGAGAGCUCCAGGGGGAAAAGCCAGAGCGUAGCAGCCAUGCAUGGGACCGAGCUUCGGCGAGGCUACAACGAGCAUAUGAUAUGCUCGAUGGAGUCAUCCUCCGCGCUUUGGGGGGAGACCGUGCGUGGAGUGACCUCCGAUGGUGGGACACGCUCCUCGACCACCUCGCGCCGGCCACCCUGCUGCUAGAAGAAGAGGAAAAGAAGGGGGAAGCGCACCCAGCGGACGUCAUCAACCUGGCAAGGGGGAACAAAGAAUGGACCUCAAGAACCAGUACCACCAUGUCGGCAACAAUGCGCCUGCUCGAAGCCGCCGCGGAGCUCAGAGAGGCAGCGGCCUUUAUGAGGGAUGGCGACCUGGCACCGGUACUUGCCAUCCUACACGCCUUGGAGAACUGGCAACAGUCCCUGUUCGGGGGAAUGCCGGCGGUCAACGAAGAAACCCAGACAGCCAUGGCAGAGGCAGAAAACGAGGGGGAGACCAACGGGGAAGCUACAGGCCAGAGCAGGCCAACCAAGAGGCGAUGGAUUGGCCUUCAUGGGGUGGACUACGACGAGAUCGCCGCCCUCGAAACCGACAGCUUCCUGGCGGACCUCAAUGAAGUGGAGAUGCUCCCCACACUGUCCCAGUCAGCGAAGUGGGAUCCACUGCACGCUUCCGGAGCACCAUCCUUCGAGAACGAAAUGGGCCCGGUGGCAACCGCGGCAGCGACGAGCGCCAGCGUGCUGGAGCUUGUGGACGAGUGCAAGGAUGUGGGAUACUGGCUGCUGCUGCAUAUCGUGCCACAAGAUACGCCAAAGCCCAGUGCCGCCGAGUCAACGGGCGUCGCUACCGAUGCUUGCGGAGGAUGGCAGCUGCUGGAAUGGAUUUGGUUCAACAUGAGCACUCCGUCGUUUCGGGCUGCCGUGGAUGAAAAUUUCCGGCUCUUUGUGGUUGUGGAUGCCAGGCAACCGCAGCUGAUCCCGGAUUGGAUCUUCCGCUCUAGCUGCGACGCCAUUUGCGUUUUCGACAGCCAGACAGGCCUCUCCCUGCGCCCCUGGCUGGAGCUUUCUCUCAACUCGCUACGCAGGAAGACACCCCUGAUGCCGGAGAUCUCCACACAGGCGACGACACCAACGAACAGCAAGGGCAAGUACGACCUCCUUGGUGGCUACAAAAGCUUGCAGGAUGCUGCCAGCAACAGUCGCCUCGCGGCGCAGGGGCGAAUGGCGAGAAUUACAUCCAGCACAGUGCUCUUCAGCCGACUCACGCAGCCCAGCUUCGUGUUGAAGCUCGGACUGACGGCCUUGCGCUUGUCGCUGCAAUUGGUCUUGGCUGCUGUGGCGGCUUGCGAGCGUGCCACCUGCUUGCCGGCGGCCUGGCUGAUGAGAGCGCGACCCAUAGGAGGCUUGGAUGCCGAUUUGGCGGACGAGGCACUCCACAGGCUGAUCCAGCUACAGGGUUUCGAAGCAUCCGUUACCAUUCGCUCGGUGGAUGUUCUGGAAAUCGUGGCGACAUUAAUCGUGCACCAGGCAGAGGAGGUUGGGCCUCUUUGGGUCGACGUCGGCGGCAACCCAGGUCCAGGAGCCUCGCCAAUCUUGUACAACAUGCUUCGAUUCUUUCGGCAGAGCCACUUGUCCCGGCACAGGCAAGACACGACGGGCCCCCCGCCCUCUGCGGACAGCAGCAAGAUGAGCCAGUUGAGCAGCUUGGAGGCUUCCAAGCGAACCAGUACGCAGCGGAACUCCUCGCUGAACGUGCUGAGCGCCGUUGCCAGGAAGUCCAAAAAGCCGGUGGAGGUAGAGGCCAUCGUGGACGAGGCGCUCUGGUACCAUGACGAGAAUUACGAGGCUUCCGAAGGCUCCCUGUGGACGAUCUUUGGCCAAGUCGCCGACUUGGUGGACGACUUGCUGAGCAAAGGUGAGCCGGGGCAGCAUCUCCUCAGUGACGAGGCUGAUGCCACAGCUGCGGCAGAGAUCCUGAAGCUCUUGCCCCUCGUGGACCACCACUCGACUGUGCGCCUCGCCGGAGCAGCUCCUCAAGUUUUUGCCUUGGCAUUGCCCUUCGCUCGCGCACGGCCCGGACAGCUCCGCCUGCCACCGCUGCCGUCGCUCAAGGAGCCCAGCGAAAGGUCUUCUUCCGCUUCCCUGCCGAUGAUGGGCGAGGAUGCAUCCGUGGCGAGCGAAGAGGUUGAUGAGGUGCAGGAUGGCCAGGAUGGUGUUGACACCAGCAUCACAUCGCGCAAGGUGUCCGGUGUGGAGACGCUUCAGUUUCAGAUCCCAUCGAUCGGCGUCGUGCCCAGUGCUUCCAGCGAAGAAUCCGAGGACGAUGUGGAAGGGCUGCUGGCGCAGCAUCUCUUCGACAUGGAGAGCCAGUCUGCCUCAAAAGAAGGCUUGGUCCAUCUGCUGAAGGCCACGAUCGUCUGCAUCAGCUCCAGCGGAUUAUGUGAGGAGGCGGAGGAGGAGCCUGUUGGCUCCGAGUCAUCUUUGCAGGCAGAGUGGCGGCGGCAGCGUCAGGGCAUCGCUUCUUGGGCCCGUGGAAUUUGCCAUGAGGCUGAGGAUCUCGUCCGAGGCCUUCGGGAAGGCCUCGAUACGUUGAGCCCAGAGCUUGCUCUGAAGCUGAGGCACUUGCUCCACAUAGCGCAGGUCUGGGCCAUGCGUGCCGCACCACAGGAGGCUGCCGAGAUCUCUCCGCCAACCCCGCACCUCGGGGACUGCCCAGCGGAGGUAUGGCACGUGGCGAAGUCGCCACUCGCUCUCUCCACCCCAGUUCCUGACGGCUGGCAACCGCCAGAUUACCUGGAAGAGGCGAGCUUCGGAGCCUGGCUCGGUCGCCUCGCGCAGCGCCUGCACCAGGUUUACUUGCCCAGAGACGUGCCGAAGCGCCUGCACGUCGCAGAUCUUGGACAGGUGGCCCCGAUGCUGUUGGCCCUACGCUUGGACUUCGCGGCACAACGGCGGUGCCUCGCCGAGCAGACCUGUCUUGUUUUCCUCCCGGUCGGACAGGACAAAGAGGAGGCGCCAAGCUCGCCUAAAUCUGAUGUGCUCAAAGGGGAGAAAUGCGUCGUGGAGGAUUUCACGACCUGGGAUGAGCUUGACGUGGACAAGCCCCCCUGCUUCGAGCCGGCCUCCGAACUUCCAAGCUCCUUGACGGCUGCACUGGCACCUCUGCAGCAUCGGGGCAAAGACGACAACUUGGCCUCCGAGGUACUCCGGCCUCCAUCCCCACCCAUGACGCCCCAGAAGUCUGCUCCUCCACGGAUGUUCGGAGAGGAGCGCUCGCAUGGGGCAAGGCAGGUAGCUUGA